AUGGCUUCUCAGCAUCAACACGUUCCUCCAGACCAACACAAGACAUCACUUUCAACAACCUUGCACCGACCUUCAUCGAGAAGAAGAAACUCAACAACAAUCCUGAAACGUCCAAUGUCCUAUUCAUUGCUCGUGAAUAUUCACAGUCGUGUGAAAUCACAUCGGUGUUGCUCUAUUGUGUUGUUGUUGUUGUGUUUAUUAUGUUUUUUAUUGAUGCAAACAACAACAAGUAGUAGUUUCAUCACACUAGCACAAACAAUUGAUAACGAUGACGGGAAUCGAUCCAAUGACGUUUCUCCAUUCGAUUCCAAGAGCAUGACUCGACAAACAUCAAUGCUGCCAUAUCCGAAACUCAAUUCGACCAUUCCGUAUGCAAGUGCGUUUAUGAAUUGGGAUGUGAAUUCGUAUUCGGAUAAGGACUAUCGAUCUAAUAAUUCACUCAUUACAAAUAUUGGUUCGAGGUCGAUUGUGAUGGUUUCCAAUUACAUGUCUGCGUUUAUUUGGAAAAAUGUCAGUUCCGAGUAUAAUGUGACUAGUACGAAGGGUUUUGUCGAGUGGUUGAAAAACAUGUCUCAAAGUGGAAAAUUGGCAAAUUUGAAAAUUGGAGUUGAGAGAGUGUACAUGAAUUAUUUCCGAGUCAUCUUGCAAUAUUAUGGACUGUCAGAAGUCAUGCCAAUGGUUUCUUCGUUUGUAUUUUAUUCGAGAAAUUGUCGACCAAGACAUGUUUUUGAGGACUUUGAUGUCAUCAUUACAGUUCCAAUAAUCUUUUUUCAAUAUAUUCGAUUCUAUCGAGAUGGUAUAGGACUACGAAAACCAAUCAUGAGCAAUGAUAAAAUUGCCAGUUAUAUCAAUCCUCAAGAUUUCGUUCCAAUUCGAUUAGCUCCGUACACAGUUGCUUAUUAUUCUCCAUACCUUCCUUGGUUUAUGGUUACAAAUUCCUAUGCUUUGGGUGUCACUGCACAUUUGCAAUAUUAUGCCAAUGAUGCCGAUCUUGCGAAUUAUCACAAUUUUGGAAAUGUCACUGAUGAAGAUCUUAAAUUCAUUGCCUAUGUCACUGGUUCGACUCCAAAUGUUGACCGAGCUGCAUUCGAAACAAUGAUUCGCAAUACUGAAGCUCGAUUUGGUGUCACACUCACAGGAUCAUGGACAUUACAAGAUUAUUUAGCUUCUCUCUAUUCAUCGGCUUAUCAUCGAUGUGUUGAUACAAAUUGCAACGAUUACAAAUUUGAAGAAACAGACUUUUGGAACAUACCUGUGAUAAUUUUACUGGUCACCUAUUUUGCAUUACUUUUUGGAACGAAAUCUUUUCUCAAGCCAACCUUAAAAAGAAGAUUAAUCAUUCCUUACUUGCCAGUAUUGAUCAUCUUCUUUGAAUUUGGAGCCGGAUCCGAAUAUUUUGCAAAUUCUUGUGCUCCUGCAUUGGGUUACGUUCGAAUGUUUGUUUGUUGUUUUUGGGUUGUGUGUUAUGCUUGCAUGGUCAUUCGAUUUUACUAUUUGAGAAAUUUAUACAAGAUGAUUUCGAAAGGCAAGAAAGAUAUUUCCCUAGUGAAACGAUUCUCAUCAGCCAUCAUUGGACUUGUAUUAAUGUGUGGUGUAUCACUUCUAGUUUCAGCAGUAUUCUCGAUUCAAGGAGUGACCAUGUUUUUUGAUAUAUUCGACAAUGAGAAUGCCACUAUUAGUGUCAUUAAUAUCAGUUUUGCUCUCUAUCUAUUAAUUGGAACCUUCGCUGCAGUGAUGGUCAUUGCGAUUGAUUUGAUUGUGAAUCGUAGAAUGGUGUCACAACGAGGUGGUUUUCGAAAAUAUCUCUUUUUCGAUGAUCCAUUCUAUGUGAGAUUGGAUUUAAUAUUUUGCACGUUGAUUUUUGCGACCAUUUUAAUUGUUAUAAUCAUUCAGGGUUCUGUGAGCAAUUUCAGAGUGGGAGGAGUGGCUCAUUUCAACAGAUUCUUAGUAUUGCUCAUCUAUUUGUGGGCAAUUUUAAUUUGUGGAGGAACUGUUAUUUUGUCCGAGAUCAUUUCCUUGUUUAGAAAGAAAAAACCCAACUCGACACUCAUGUCAGAACUUGAACGAUAUUUGAAAGUUCCAGAAUUUAAAGCUCUCUUUGCAGAAUAUACUGAAAAGGAACUCUCUCUUGAAAAUUAUUUAUGUUUCAAAGAUUUGGAAGACUUGGAAGCAAUAGGACUUGGCAAGAUAUUGGAUUUGCAAUUCUUGAUUGAAAUGGAGCGAGAUUUCAUUCGAGACAAUUCCAUCUAUGAGUUGAACUUGUCAUCUGUAACCAGACAUCAAUUUUACUUGCUACUCGAGAGAUGUAAGAAAUCAUCAGGUUCGAAUGGAGUUGAACUGGUCGAUGAGAACCGAAAUGGAAAUUCGAAUACUGCUAAAUCCACAUCCUCUCCUUCAUCUACAACUCCAACCAAUGGAGAUUUGUAUUCAUUGUUACGUGACACCAUCAUGUCAAAUCUUGCAGACACUCACAGUCGAUUUAUUGAAACUGUGGAAUUUAGAAAUUGGUAUGCUGUGUACGAAAUUCAGCAAAAGAACAAUAUUGUGUAA